GUUGUGAACGUUGGGAAUUUUUAAGCACGGUAUCAAACAAUAUGGGUUCUCUUGUUGCUCUGCUUGUGUUAUCAUUCGUGACAUAUUCUAGAGCGUAUCAGAUCGACAUAACGGGUGCAGAUGCCCGAUCGUACCAAUCCAUCCAAAAUAGUGAAAAUCAAUUUAAGUAUGGCUACCAAGUAACGAACGUAAACGAUCAGUUCCAGCACAAGCUGAAAAGUGCCGACAACGUAACGUACGGCUGUUACGGCUAUACGCAUCCCGCUGGCGAAGGUGUGCAUCGUACUUUCUUCGUUGCCGAUCAGUUCGGUUACCGUACCGUGCUUUCCGGUCAACCAACCACCAUAUACCCUGCCCCUGGAACGAGCCCUGUUUUACGGCAAUGGCAAGAGCUUACGUUUCCAGCGGCUUGCUUUGAAAACGAUAACGCAAAAGGAGCAGGAGCAUCUCAAGCAGCAAACAAUCCUAACGAAGACCGUGGACGCAGUGGUUUAGAGUUUGCUUCUUCCGAUCUGCGACCCAUUGUAGACUCGUCUGAACGUGGGCACAAUGAUAUGAAGCUUGCUGCUACCGAUCUGCGACCCAUCGUAGACUCGUUUGGCCGUGGGCGCAGUGGUUUGGAGUUUGCUUCCACCGAUCUGCGACCGAUCGCCGUGCCGUAUGAUCAUGAUCAAAGUGAUAACCAGUCUGCUGGUUCUGAGGUUGUUCCUGUAACAGAGUCGGCAAAUCAUGCGGAAAGCGCCAACAAAUCUAACCAAUGUUGGCGUCCUUUUGCUGGCGAGAAUAGCAAGUCAUUUAUACAAAGUUUACAGUGUACGUCCAAUGAUGCGCGAAGUAAUCAGGUGAUAACUCUGUUCUAUCCGUUCCGAGUUGCGUGCUCCGAUAUGGAAGCGUUUGAGAAGGAAUUGAAUUUACUAGUUACCAAAUUUGAUCGCCAAUCGUAGACUAUGCUCAAAACUUCUCCCUAGCUUUAAGUGUUUGUUAAGCUGUCUUUUACAAGAUCCGCUGACAGGAUCAAUCGAUUAGGUGAUGAGAUCGUUUAUUCAUUUGUGAUUAUUAGUUUAAGGGAAAUAAAAGUUGUGUUUAAAACUAAA